AUGGUAACAGUUGUAAAGUCGUCAACCCUUUGUAAGCUAGCAGUUACAUGUGGAGUCUGUCAAGGAGUGCCGGUGACGCACUCUGUGAACAAAAGGAAUUAAAUUUGAAAUUGUUUUUAGUUUCGAGUUGUUUUUUUUGUGCUAAUGAUGCAGGUAAUGUUCUUUCCCCGCCCUGAGGACAUCUUCCCAAAUGUUUCCUUAUACUGACACAGCCGAGUGCUCUCUGAAUUUGUUUACUCCUCGGCUUCGUCUUAAUUAGCAUGUCCAUCAAUUUUUGUACUCGGUCCGUUGCCAACCAACCCCCUUCCCUUUAAUCUUCAGAUGUGCAUACCAACACCUUUACCCGAAAUCUUUUACAGCCAGUGGAAAUGCCCGCAGGCCGGGUCCGCCUUCGGCUAAUCCAUAUGCGCUUAUAAUGCUAUCUUGAUGGCGGUCUCUUUAAGGCCGCUUUCGCCUCUUCCCGGGGCCGCACAGGCCUGCAUGCCCUUAGGGCGAGUACGUGUUUCCUCGUCCUAUCAAUUAUUACAAUUACUGUUUGAGUGGUUGGUUCGUUGACGAUUUUUUUCUUGUUUGUCUGCACUCACGUUGAGAUCCGCGAUGGCAAUUGUACUCGAGAUUUCUUUGAAAUUCAGAGCUUUUCCAUGGAAUUAAUACCAUAAGUUGUUCUUUAAAUAAGAACUGUGAUAAGCGUCAUUUCAGGCGUGUUCUGAUAUUUAUGUAAACGGAUAUUGGUGUUGCCCCAAAAAACGUAAAUUUCCUGUUUUCAGGGUCUGACUGCAUAAUCAUGACAGAUGCUGAGCAAACAAUCAGCCCGUCCACUGAAGCCGAUCAAAUAUCAGAGGUUAUACCUGCCGACACAACCUCCGAUCAUCUGGUAGAUGAACCAACGGAACCAACAGAACCCCUGGAAAAUAAUAAUUCUGAAGAGGCUGGUGAUGACAAAAAGUACGAAAGAAAGAGACGACAAAGCGAUGCGAUUAAAGAUAAAGAUACCCUCGACAAUGUGGAGGCGAGGAAACGGCGACAAAGCGAUGCUGGAGUCUAUAAUCAAAAGAGAGUCAGGUUGGAAGAAGUUGAACAAGUAGAUGAAGAAGGACAGAAUGAAGAUGGAAACGAAAUCAAAGAGAACGGAGAUGCAGGUCAUACGAAGGAGAACAAUGUAGAGAAACAUGACGGUGAAGCUACAGAAGUGGAAGAUCCAACAAAGGCACCGGAGCUAUCAGAGGGUAAUCUGGAAUCUGCCGAAGAGUCAGCACCGGAGGGCGUUGUCGAAGUUUCUUCGGAUGUUCAGAUCGUGAUUGAAACGAUUGAUGAAUCAGAUGAAAGACCAGCAGACUUGGAAGAAUGCUCGGAUCAGGUGCCGGAGGAAGAAGAAAUCUCCGUCCCUCCAACUCUGGAAGCCGAGAAUUCCACGGAAGAAGAGUACAGUCAAGUCAGUGUGCUUUCAGUGGAAGAAGUAUCCCUAGCUGUAAGAGGACUGAUCAGUUUAUGAUUUUUGAAUUUAGACUGACCAGCAAGAAGAGAUCGUUGAUGCUCCGCAAGAGACAAAUCCGGUGACACAGCACGAUGGAAUCGAGCCAGAACUGCCCGAAGACAUUCUCGAUCCCCCUGUUGACGAAGUUGUGGAAGAACAACAACAGGAUCAGCCUGAAGGAGAGAUAACAGAGGUUGAAGCGAUUCCAGAAAAUGGAGACCAGCCGGUUAAUGUGUAAGUCAUCGUCCAAAAUAUUUAUCAGUGAUAUUCUAGAAUUGCGCCACAAGCCGAGCCCGAAAAGAAGCCCUGCGGCGGUCAGGAUGAGGGUCUUCACGUUCUGGCUGCUGCCGCUACAGAAAAUGCUAGUGAGCCUUCUGGAGAGGCGACUGAGCCUGUCGCGGAGGUCUAA